CGGAGAGAUUUCUCUCCGGACUCGUUGCUGAAGCAGAAAGAUCACUUCCGAGAAGAUCAGGCUCCGAGAUCCUCUUCAAUUCAAAUUUAGAGCUUGAAGCAAGAACAGCAAGAUCCUCUUCGUCCUGCCUUUGUCCUGUAGCAUCAGAACUCUGUGAAUGUGCCAAAUUGUUAAAGACUCUGCAUCGUGCCAAAUGGUGAAAGUUGGAAAAAAGAGGUAACCAAAAGUGCAACAAAUAUAUGUGCCAGGUGUAGUUCGUGUGAUAAGUUGUUUGUGUGCCACGGAACAAGAUCGGAGGAUUUAAAAUGGACCUUGAACACGCUGAAAUAUUUGGAACGAUACAGCCGAGUUUGUCGUCAUCGCAAGUUGCUGAUUUUACGGAGCUGCUGCAGCGCGUGAAUACCGCUGAUCUGAUGCACGCCACUGAAAGCGCAUGGGAUGAUUCGUAUUUUGCAAAUUCCUACGUAGAAGUGGGCAAAUUAAAUAGCGAAAAGGAUUCAAUCUUUGCCGAGGCUAUGAAGCCUUUCAGCAUGCAAUCCGUUUCGAUUGAUACGUUCGGUGGAGCGAAUGAUUUCAACAUUAGCUUCAUCGAGUGUGCUUCGCCGACGCAAGCAACGUCGAACAGUUUUUAUUCUGCGAGACUCAACAAACUUUUCGUCAAGAAGCAACAUACUUUUUCCGUGAACGUUUCCUACAAGAGCGCUCCGUUUGAGGAGCUCCGGUUGCGCAUAAUGCUGAUCUGUGCGGCACCACAAGACUUACAGCGACCGAUCAGUCGUUGCCAGAAUGAUAUUUCCAAGGAUCCGGGCGCUGCAAACGAUCUUCAUCGCGAUCACAUCCUACGUUGCCUCAAUCCGUCAACGGUUUACGUGGGUACCGCCGAUGGAGUAGCAUUCCACAGCCGUCUGGCCACAAUCAUCGAGCUCCCCGGAACCGGCCAGCAGGUGGUCGAACCGGUUUCGAUGCAGUUUCUGUGCCAAAACUCUUGUCCCACCAUCGAACGUCGGUCAACGGCUCUCGUCUUCACAUUGGAGCGGCCAGACGGCACCAUCUGUGGUCGGCAGAUGCUGCCAGUCAAAAUAUGCAGCUGCCCAAAGCGUGAUAAGGAGAAGGAGGAAAUUAAGCUGGAAGGUGGUAAGCGCAAAAAAGCCAGUACCGAACCAGCUGCGGCCACGGAACCGCCCCGUAAGCUGACACGACAAUCGAGUUCCAACGAGUCAGGGGCACGAAUGAAGUUCACACAGAUGUCCGGUGUCAAUGAGAGACAGCGUGAUUCGCCAUCUACGUCUUUGGUCGGGCGUAUUAAAAAGGAAGUGGACGGUAGUGGUGCGGUAGUGCGUUCCAAUAGUAACGUAUCCAACUGUUCGAGCACAGACGGUGAUAGCACGGCUAUCAUAAUGAGCCUCAAGUUGCCAGACAUUGCCGUCGCGGUCGAUGUGGCCGAGUACGCCUUUAUGAAGGUGGCGGCUAACAUGGUCCGAUGCUCGAACGAGGAAGAAUAUAGUCGGUACGCGCGGUUCCUUACCAGCUGCCGCCGUGUCAAGAGUUCAUACUCUCAAGGAGUCCGUCAAUGAAACAACUACAUAAACCGACUGGAAGCAUUAAAACUGCCCAGUUACACACCAACAACCUUUAAAACAAAAACCAAACCACAGUUGUGAACGGAGGAGAGAGUUUGACGAGCAGCUUUGACAUGGUCUCAGCGUAACACACGGUUCGUGUGGAGCGGCAUGCGCGCGGUGGUGGCAAUGAAGGAACGGAAGGAGCUACAGAAAGCCAGCCCUACCAAAAAAGACCAAACUAAAGCUCCAACAAUUGAAGUGUGACACUACUGCUGGAGGCGGCAGGAGGAAGCAGCAGUUGUAACGACAUAACCCUGUAUCCCGGUGUCUCGUUGACGUUUCGACCCUCACUACCGGUGCCUAACUUUAGUACGCACGGCUGUUCCGCACAUUGCUGAGUGCUGGGGCCCAGGGAGAGGACUUAUGAAAACAUGUAACUACGGUUGCAUGUUCGCUUAAUGUCUCCUCUCGGCCAAUAAGCCGUGUCUGCUCAGUGACACGUGGUGAGGGCACCGAUCUGUCAAGGCAUAUAUACGCAACGGUAAAUAAGUAUCCUUCAGCCUUUGCUGCACCUCCGAAGCAUAUGCGGUUCGGCCGGAACGUUUUGUGAAUGUUGGAUUUGAGCAGUCUACACACUUUCUUAUAAUCGCCAAGCACUCAACCCUCCAAAGCAUCGAGUUACUAAAAUUGCCACUCCACACCUCACACAAUUGCCGUACAUUACGUUGAUGAAUACUGUGUUAUAGUUGGGCAUUUCGAAUCUCAAAGCAGCCUUAAAACUCUCUCCUUAUCAUGCGAAUCGUUAGCAUCAAUAUGCUAUAGAAAGAAAGAACGAAAGACACCAUUAUCGGUGCCGAUUCGAACGCUGUGUUGCAUUUAGUUAUUGCGGUUGAACGUUUUUGGAGUUUUCCUGAGGCGUCUAGAAAGGCAACCUAAACAAAAGGGCGACGAAAGGGAGGAUCUAUGUGAAUGUGCAUUUGUGGGUAACCGAUUAAAGUCCGAUCGCGUCGUUUUGUCUCACCGUCAAGCAGCAAAGCGAGUCGAUCUGAGUUUAAUGGGCCGCAAGGGGACAUCUACUUAGGCACGUCAUAUAUUGAUCUCUUCUUAAUCCUUUUGUUACGGGGUAAGUGAAUGUUGCAGCUGGUAAAAGCAAUGUUUAUUCCAUUACCUAAACGCACGUCCUUUAGAUUUGAAAUCCUUGUGUUGAAUAUCCGUUUGUUCCGUACGACAUAUGACAAUGUGUAGUGCACCUAGUUAGUAGUUUCGUUUUGUGUGAACAUGUGAUUUAGUGUUUUUUGUUUUUGUAAAUUUGACUGAAAUUUAAACGAUUUCUAAUCUUAUUCUGUUUGCGUUCAAAUCGAUUACCUAAAUACGUUGGAAGUAAUUGUAAAUGUUGGAUGAUCAGCUAGCGAUCAUUCAGUAGAAUCGUCUCAAUAUUCCCGCGCACAUCCAGCCUUGAUGUAUGCUAUUCCCGCAUUUACUGCUGGUUGAGUGUGCGUGCAUCAAAGCCACAUACAUGAUUCUUAUCAACGGCACGCCUUUGUCAAAGUGUUUCUGUAGUUAAUGUGUAACUCAAUGAGUAAUGUCGUCCUAAAUCCUAAAGUAUAAUUCAAAAUCAUAAAUUUUUAGAUUCCUAAUUUUAUGUUAAUUAAACGUAUAAUAAUUCAUUUCCUGUAAUGAAACAGAAAACUCGUUUGAAAUUAUUGGUCCGGUAGCGAAUUAUGUUAUACGUUGAAAUAUGAAUUUUCUUUAUUUUAAACAGUUAUUCAUAAUUGCUUCUCUAUCGAAUCGUUUAAAUUCUUGAAGAGGCACGUCUUGUUGUACUUGCAAUAUUUGAAUGAAUCACUGUUAUACUGCUAUUUGAUAGUCAUGCACGUACUAACAAUUAUUAAGGUGAUUCUUGGAUUUUUCUUUUCAAUAG